CUCCCCCUCCAAUGGAGCUGAGGCAGAGCUGGAGCCCGCUCCAAACCACCAGGAGCUUCGCCUGCUGUGAAGUUCACCAGAACCUGGAAACCAGUCCUUGGGAACGAACCGGCAGCGGUUCCCCGGGGGGGGAGCGCUCCCCCGGGCAGGUGCUCGGGCGCCGCCCCCCUCCGCCCCUCCCCGGGGCCGAGGCCCGCGGCCAUGGGUCGGCGCGGCCCCCGCCAAGAUGGCGGCGGAGCUCGGGGAGCGGCUGCGCGAGGCGGCGGCGUUGGGCGACGGGCGCGAGGUGCGGCGGCUGCUGCGGGAGGGCGCCGGCAUCAACGCCCGCAACGAGAUCGACGGGUGGACCUCUUUGCACUGGGCCUGUAAGCGGAACCAUGCUGGAGUGGUGGCCUGCCUGCUGGAGGCCGGGGCGGAUAAGCACAUCCUCACUGCUAAAGGAGAGCUGGCUGCACAGCUAACUUCAAAACCAGACAUCCGGAAGAUUUUGGGAGAGGAAGAAACUGAAUGUCAAGGAGUGAAGGAUUUAAACUUACCAGUUGUUGGGAACUACUUGGCCAGCCCACCAUUCCCUUACGUUUGCUCUGGAGAAAGCAUUCCGGACAGCUUGGCAGAAUCCCAGCAUGAAAGUGCUUCCACCUCUUCUUCCCAGGGUGAAAAUAGCCCUUGUUCAUCAGCCACUCCGGCUGAGAGCACAUGCACACCCACGUCGGGCGACAGCAAAGAGGAUCUGCCUGCACCAGAGGCUGCGGAACCGCUGCCCGCCCCAGCAUCGACUGUCACCGCACCAAAAUGCAUCGACCCUGCUGCGCAGAACGGCCCCGCUUGCCAGCCGCCCUCGCCUCGCCGCAGAGCUCGCUUCUCGCCGGUUGCGCCCAAACAGGCCGUACCUGUGCAGCCCCAGGGCUCCCCUCCCGGGCCCGCCCCAGCCUUCCAGCCCUUCUUCCUUACGGGAACUUUCCCAUGUAACAUGCAAGAACUUGUGCUCAAGGUGAGAGUCCAGAACCUGAGAGACACCGACUUCAUCGAAAUUGAGCUGGACAGACAGGAACUGACCUACGAAGAUCUGCUCAGAGUGAGCUGCUGUGAACUGGGCGUCAAGCCAGAACAGGUGGAGAAGAUCAGAAAAUUACCAAAUACCCUCGUAAGAAAGGACAAGGAUGUUGCCAGGCUUCAGGACUUCCAGGAGCUGGAGUUAGUGCUUGUGAGAAGCGACAGCUCUCCUUUCAGAGGCACUGCAGCGACCGGGACUGACAGGCCGUGCUACAACAGCAGAGCAUCAAAGCUGACCUACUGACGGCUCGACACACCUCGGAUAUGAAAACCGGCUAACUGCAGGCUGCUGCCUUUGAAGGCAGUGAAUUAAGCGUGUGUAAAACCUUAAGUUAUUGUUAGGGUUACUGUUUUAACUAAUAGUUUAUCUUUUAUAUUUAAUAUCCCCUUUGGUUUUAUUUUUUUACUUGAUACUGUAUUCAGAUAAGGGAUACCUCAUUUGUCUACUAAAAUCACAGGGCUUCCAGGGUGUUCCAAUGAAGUUUGUUGGUAGUGUUUGGUAACAGAGGGCAGGAAAGACUUAAUUAUUGACAUGAACUGUAUGUUGAGUCCUCCCACUCUUUGACCCAUUAAGGCUCGUGGAAAAGUCAAGUCAGGAAAUUGUGUGUGUAUAUAUAUUUUUAAACUUCCUAAUUAAGUAAACAGCAGGGUAUUUGGUGUACCAUGAACAGCUGCUCUCGAAGACAUCAAAUUUGCAAAUCUUCAAUCACAGAAUCAUAGAAUCAUGGAAUGGUUUGGGUUGGAAGGGACCUCACAGCCCAUCCAUCCCACCCCUGCCAUGGGCAGGGACACCUCCCACUGGAUCAGGUUGCUCAAAGCCCCAUCCAACCUGGCCUGGAACCCCUCCAGGGAUGGGGCAGCCACCACUGCUCUGGGCAGCCUGGGCCAGGGCCUCCCCACCUGCACAGGAGAACAUUUCUCCCUAAGUAUUGAUUUUCCUUCCAUCUCUUCUUUCUGAAGCAGCAUUAGAGCACUGUCUGUGUGCAGCUGAUGCAGGGUUUGUUGUUGAUCUGGGCUGUAAUGCUGACGUUCAGACUACAGAUAGUACAACCAACUAACGUGGUUUAGUGGGAGCAGCAGGGCUGUGGCUCUGCCUUCCCUUCCUGCAGUGCAGCUUCAUCUCUGAGUGGGGUCAGUGGAAGCCCACAGCGCAGAGGCCUACAGCAAUGCCUUCUGCUGCAGAGGAGACGCUUGGCUCAGGGUUUACCAUUGCACAAUGUUACUUAGGCUUAAAAUUCUCACUUAGUGCAUUCAAAGUCAUCAUCCUCCUUCCUCCCUUGCUCUAUAUCUAUUUUAUCACUCCAACUCUGCCGGCUCCCCGUUCCCAGUCCUGGCCCCUCUUUCUGCACAAGCUCAGUUCAGCUCCUGGUAAGCUCAAGGCUAGGACACAGUAUGAAUUAAGAUUUCCAUACUACGGCUCCCACUUUGGUUUUCUUGUAGGACAGGAAAGGAGUUUCUGUUUUAACCGUUGUGUCUUUAUCAUUCCAGCGUAGGUUGGAUUAUGUGCAAUAACUGUUUGAAAGACAGUAGCAGCUAAAUGGCUCUAAAUAACGAGUACCUAACUUCUCAGUUCCUUUGUGUGCCUCCCCUGAGCAGUCAGCUAAAGGAGCAGCUUGUUUAAAAAGCUUUAUUUGCUCUAGUUUCCACAGAGAGUAACUGACUAAAGACUAAACCUUUAAUCAUAACAACAACUCUAUGCAUUCAGAGAACUAUUUUUGUAUGUUCUAUGCAGUUUGAUAAACCAAGGCACACCAGUUCUGUUAACAGGGUCUGUUGGGGUUUUUCCCUCUGAAGGAUAACCCGUUGGUAUGACAACUAAAACGAAGUUUACAGAACUUGUUCUUCCAAGGACAACUUUUGUUUGCACUAAACUUGUACUGGACUGACAUUGCUACUCCUCAAUAUUAAAGUAUCAGUUGAUUCAGGUACUUCGUUCUCUCUCUUUCCCAGCGGGCGGGGGGUACGUGGGACAC